AUGGUUCAACACUCAAAAAUAACCGGCGGCCAGCCUUCGGAGCAGACACCCUUGCUGGGCAAAGACGUGAACGCGAACGGUCACGGAGGCGUGUCUGUCUCGGCAGUCGAAGUUCCUGUUGAGGAGCCGCCCGUCGGUAAUGGCAAUGGGGUGAACGGCGCAAUACUUAAGACAGGGACGGGCGAUGAGGAGAGUCAAGGGCAAGGAGAAGUCGAAGAAGCGGUAAACAGAAACCACGUGGCUCAAAUCAUCUUGGUCUUGCUAAUCGUUAAUGGAGUUAAAGGCAUCUUUGUCGCGCAUGCCGACGGGUCGAUCCUCCUAGCGACACACCCUAUCAUUGCUUCGGAAUUCAACGACUUGGAAAACUCAAGCUGGCUGAUCACUGGUUUUGCUCUGGCCGGGGCUGCCACACAAACUCUUCGCCAUUGUGUAAGGCCAUCUCUCAUUCGCUGCCGAGAGAUCGGAACUAACGAUGUAGACCUUCUCCCUAUCAGAGAGGUUGCGCAAUGGCGUGCCUACGUCAACCUAGUUGCCACUUUGGGCCGCAGCAUUGGAGGACCACUGGGCGGAUGGCUGGUUGAUGUUGUUGGUUGGCGAUGGUCCUUCUUUGGCCAAAUCCCGCCCAUUAUACUCGCUAUCAUUCUCGUGACCGUCUCUCUCCCCGGUUCCCCUUCAACCGUCCCCGAGCACCCAGAUACUCUCGAGGGUUCAAUUAGCCAGAAGAGCAAGCUUAGCCGCGUCGACUUCAAAGGCUCCAUACUCUUCACCCUGGCGAUUCUUGCGCUGCUCCUACCCAUCGAGCUGGGGGGUGUCAAGCUGCCCUGGUCUCAUCCAGCCAUCAUCACUCUCUUCAGCCUCAGCCCCGUACUGCUGUUUGUCUUUGUGGCGGUCGAGAAGCGGCAGGCAGAGCCGACCUUGCCCCUAGAGAUUUUCCACCGCCCGGGAUGGCCGUUUUGUUCUUUUCUUAUACUGGGGCCUGCAGAUUGCAGCCCAGCUCGGGUGCCCGCCGUCGUUGGUAAUGCGCUCGGCGGGCUGAUCUCAGGGCUGCUCAUCAAGAGAUCCGGCCGUUACAAAACCCUCAUCAUCCUCGCCGUCACGCUCUCCUCCUUUGGCUAUCUCCUGCUGAUGCUCCGCUGGCACGGCAACACCAACUUUUGGGAGUCUCUCUACAUUUUCCCUAGCGGUUUCGGCACAGGCAUCGCCCAAUCCGCCGUAUUCGUCUCUCUGCAAGCCGUCGUGUCCGACCCAGCCCACCUCGCCCCCGCCAUCUCCUUCAUGUACCUGACCAGCACGGUGGCACUGACCAUCGGCCUGCCGCUCUCCAACGCUGUCAUGCAGGCUGUGCUGCGGCGUGUGCUGGAGGGGAGGUUGCUUGGGGUUGGGGGUGGAGGUGGAUCAUCGAGAGCACAGUCUCAGACGUCGACUUUAUCGACCGCGUCACCGGCAACGUGCGGGAAGCCAUCGUCAGUUCCUAUGUUGACGGGCUGUGGUGGAGCCACGGCGUCUCGUUCUUGUUCUCCGCCACGGCGUUCGUCUUGGCCCUACUCAUCCGCCAGAGGCCUCUCGAUGGUCCCAGAGCGUGAAAUAGGUAACCAGACUGUCCCAGUAUGCCGGGGGAGACAAGGUUGUCACUCUGAUGGUGAACAGUGGUGUUGCCAGAGCACCGAAGUGGAGGAGAUCGUUGUAUGUACAAGGCAAACACAGCUCAGCCUGGGAGUACUCGGGAUCGGAGGUGGAGCUUGA